GACACCGCGCUGAAUGUCGGCCUAACAUAUAGCAUCGCACGUCAUCAUUGUCAGUGGGUACGCAAAUUUCGUUCGGUACUUUUCCAAAUUCCGGCGAGGUUGCUUUAUUAUUAGACACAUACAUGAUUAGAUCGUGGACGCGUGAACGAAAAUUUUUCGAAAUUCAGUCGCCUUAUUGCCGGCGUAGUGUGUUACUCCAGAUAUUAAUGCGGAACUCAACAAUCGCUGUACAGUGAGAAGAAAGUAAUCGAAGUAUGUACGUAUGAUUGAUAAUAGCAUCCGCGAGAAAUUUGGACAGAAUUUGGGUGAAUCCAGGAUGACCAUCAAUGGCACGGAGCCGUUUUUCGCGGGCCACGAGCUGAAGGAACUCACUUUCGGAUGGACCGAUUAUACCCUAUUCGGCGGUCUGCUGGGCGUUAGCGUUCUCAUCGGCAUCUACUUCGGUUUCUUCAGCACGAAGCAGGAUAACACCACCGAGUAUUUACUCGGCGGCAAAACCAUGUCUUUUCUUCCGAUUAGCAUGAGCCUGAUAGCGAGUCACAUAUCAGGGGUGUCUUUACUCGGCGUACCCUCUGAGGUGUACCAGUACGGAACUCAAUACGCGGCAUGCAUUUUUACAUCCUUCAUAAGCUGUUUCAUAAUCAUAAACGUAUACCUGCCGGUAUUUUAUAAACUGCAGCUGACGAGCACUUUUGAGUAUCUGGAAAUUAGAUUUGCUAGACCGGUCCGGCAAUUAGCAUCCUUUCUUUAUACCCUUGCGCUGGUAAUCUACGUGCCGUUGAUAAUCUACGUGCCGGCGCUAGCCUUUUCGCAAGCGACCGGGAUGAAUCUGCAUUACGUCGCGCCGGUGAUAUGCAUGGUGUGCAUCUUCUACACGACCAUCGGAGGUCUGAAGGCUGUCGUAUGGGCGGAUACGGUUCAGAUGACGGUGACUGUCGGAAGUCUCAUUGCCGUUUUGAUAUUGGGAACGAUUGCUGUGGGCGGCGUCGGUGAGACCUGGAGGAUAGCCGAGAAGGGUGGUAGAAUUGUAUUUUGGAAUAUGGAUCCCAGUCCUUUCACCAGAAAUUCGUUUUGGGGCAUGUCAGUGGGAAUGGUAAUGACAUGGCUGGCUGGGUUGGGCAUCAGCCAGGUUUCUAUGCAAAGAUUUCUGGCAGUACCUACUAUUAAGGAAGCGCAGAAGUCGAUAUGGUUCCUGGCUGUAGGCCUAGUGUUCGUAAAAUUUAUUUCCGUUUUCACCGCCCUCACGAUGUAUGCCAGAUAUCACAAAUGCGAUCCUAUAACUGCACACGUGGUGGCAAGGAGCGACAAGAUAUUGCCAUAUUACGUGCUGGACGUAGCCGCGAAUGUUCCGGGACUUCCUGGCCUCUUUCUCGCCGGUCUGGUGAGCGCCGGUCUCUCGACGAUGAGCGCCGGACUGAACACAGUCACCGGUACGAUUUACGAGGAUUUCAUCGAUCGCUGGAUGCCGGAAAGCGACGACAAAGAGACUAAAGCCGCCAACAUUAUGAAGGUCACGGUGGUGCUCAUAGGCAUCUUAUGCGUGGGCAUGGUAUUCCUGGUCGACCGUCUCGGCGACAUCUUCCAGCUGUCCCUGACCGUGACCGGCAUCACCGCCGGUGCCAUGCUGGGUCUGUUCUCGCUGGGGAUGCUAGUGCCCUGGGCGACGACCAAGGGGGCGGUGGCCGGCGGACUGGUCUCGAUGGUGACGAUGAUCUGGAUCAUCGUCGGCGCGCAAUGGCACAUGGCCAAUCGACGUCUCUACUACGAGCCGCUUCCCUCUACGACGGAGGGUUGCCUGAACGUACCCGGUCUGUUUAAUCGCACGACCGUGACGACCACGCAGAAUCCGAUGCAAGUCGAAUCUGUAGACGAGCCUUUCUUCAUAUAUAGGAUAUCCUUCAUGUAUUACACGCUAUUUGGGGCGCUAAUCGUGAUGGUGAUCGGCACGAUAGUCAGCUUCAUCUGCGGCGCUCCUGAUUUAAGGGACAUUGACCGAGAUCACUUCCCACCGUUCAUAACCAAAUUUAUGCCACCAAAAAAAUACAUGGAAGUGUCGUUGCAUACGGUGCCGACUGCAUUGGUAACGAAUCCAGAGAAAGAAGAACUGAAAUCUUGAAACAUGCGUAUCUUAUUCCACCUUAUCUCCUCCUCCGUGACUUUACAAGACUUUAUUACAGUAAAACACAUACACGCACACAUAAUACAAAGGCGCUUAAACAUUUGGAAAAUCGUUCGAUUACAAGUUCUGUGAUCUCUGUAUAAUAUUACAUACUCUUCAUAUCGAACAUAUUAAGUACGAAUAUAUCAAAAAAAGAUAUUUUAUCGAAGUA